UUCAAUAAUCCAUAUUUUAAUAUAGAUAAUAAAUAUUUUUGUAUACAUAAUAGUUAUUCUUGUUCCAGUGUAAACACAACUACCCAAAAAGUGUUAUUUGUGGAAUUUAUUUAAUAAACAGUAAAAUAAUAAUGUCUUUCAGCAAUAAAUAAAUAAUAAAAUUUUAAUUAUAUGCUAUUUCAACAAAUAUUUUGAACUUAGCCAUUCCACAACUUAUUGUUCUAUGUAAAUAUUGCAUGCACUCAAAAUACGGGUUUAAACUGGUAAAACAAAUAUGUACCCAAAUUGACAAGAACACAAAGACUUUGAUGUGACAUUAAUGAAACGAUUAUUGUUUACACAGCUCUUAAAAUUCCAUUUUGUCGACGAUAUUUAGGCAGUACGUUUUAAAUCAUGCUUGUAUAUGUUUCUAUAUUAAUAGUUUCGUAUGUAGCAGCUUCAGUAACUGUUUCCAUAAAUAUAGACAAUGAUUCAACCGCGAAAUAUGGCAAACAUUUUACUGAUUUGUCGACAAUUUACACGAGACAUUUCAAAUCGGCGAAAACCGUAAAUAUACGCUCUAUUAUGUCGAAUAACUAUAAUUUUCAAGUGACAAUUUUCUCAACCAUGCUUAUUAAAUCUGUAUGUCGUUCUAAAGCUGCGAUAAUCAACGUAUACAAAUCGGAUAAGUUAACGCCGAAUCAAAUUUUCAAUUAUCCCGUGCGUAUUGAGAAAGAUCGUUCAAAUCACAGCUUUGUGAAUGAGGAAACCAUUUCGAAAGUGCAACGUUUCUCUUCUGAUCCGGAGGAUGUUUACAUUUUAGUUGUAUACGAUCCGGAUAGUUUGUUGUUUCAUUUGGAAAAUAAUCCGGAUUCGGUGGUCUCCAAGGCGAGAGCUUUGUACUCGAUUUUUUUCGUUUAUAAGGAUUAUGAUUGUCCACGAAACAACCACCAGGAAAUUGCCAAUGUUCUAUUGACCUUUUGGUUCAAAUAUAAUAUUUUGAACGUGGUAGCACAUGCUCCAUAUUCUUGCAAUUUUAAAACGAUUUACAUUUACAAUCCCUUUAAAAGGGUUGGUGUAAACGAAUGGGGUGUGGUGAAAAUGUAUAACCCGGAACAAAUAAUACGAUAUCCCUAUUUAAUUUAUAACAACCUGAUUAAUUUCAAUCAGUACCCGCUUAAAAUUGCUAUGUUUGAAAGACAUCCAACGGCAAUAAAGAGAACACCGAAGGGACUGGAUGGAAAUGUUGUUUACAAAAAGAUGAAACAAAUAUCAGGUUUCGGAGGAUUGGAUGGAGCAAUUUUGGCCACACUCGCAUCUUAUUUAAACUUCACAGUUUCCAACAUUCAGCGUGAAAAUAACUAUUUCGGAUUCGUUUUUCCUAAUGGUACGAUAACAGGUAGUUUAAACCAAAUAGUUAGGCGACAAGUCCACCUUUCAACAAACGGCCGCUUCAUCACCAACUAUAACACCACCAAAUUUGAAUUCACAACUCCGUACACGAACGAUCAGAUCUGCAUCGUGGUGCCCAAAUCCACGAAGCUUCCUGAAUGGACUGUAGUUUUCCGUUGCUUCGAUUUGAUCACGUGGCUUGCUGUUUUAAUCAUUCUGGCUGUCUGCACUGUUAUUUGGUUCGCAGAACGGCGACUUUUCGGCGACCGAGACUUUUCUAAGGCCUGUUUGGAUAUUUACUCCAUGUUGAUCUCUUCGAAUAUCUUCAUACCUCGCAACACCCAUUUGGGACCGUUCUUAGUUUGCUACAUGCUCUUAAACGUGAUCAUGGCAGGUGUUUUUCAGGGUAGCUUGGUACGUUCGUUCACCACUCCCACGUUUCAUCCCGAUAUAGACACUUUAAAAGACUUAGAUCAGACAAAUUAUCCGAUUUAUACUUCGUUUAAUAUUUUCGGUACAAAUGAAUCGGCGAUGAUCAAGCGGUUGCACGCUCGUACACGAACUUACCUCAAAAACGUUGUGACUUUGGACAGGGUGGCGUACGGGAGGAAAAUUGCUGGGGUGGAACGCAAGAAGGAUGCAGAAAUGUUUCUGAAAUCUAAAUAUGUUGGACCGGAUGGCUAUCCUUUAUUGCACAUCGUCAAGGAGUGUCCUAUUUCUUAUUUCGUUGCUUAUAUUGUUCCGAUCGGUUCACCUUUAUUACCUAGAUUUAAUUGGAUGUUGAGAAAAUUGAUUGAAAACGGGUUGGUGAAUGCAUGGUAUCAAGACACCGUUGACGCUUUGAUUUUGGAGUUCCAGAUGAAGGCCGCUUGGACGGGGAAAAAAUACAAACCUUUUACUGUUCAAGAUUUGCAAACUCCUUUUUAUAUUUUGAUUAUCGGUUGUACUGCUUCCUUGUUACUCUUUAUGUUAGAAAUUUUUGUUAAAUUGAAAUAAACCUUUUCACUGUACAUUUAUUUUAUUUA